GAGAUGUGCGGGCGAUAUUACUUAAGAAUGUACAGUAUUCUGACGUGAGAGUUUACGUUUUGUAAAUAAAAAAAAAACACGCAAAAUUGGCGCGUUCAUAGGUUAUUUACCCACACGACGGAAAGGCUCGCAUCGUGUCAAGUAUAAAUACGUCUCAUUUUCGAAAACUUACCACAUUGCUCUUUCGAAAUCGAGACAAUGAACACUUUAACGUGCGUUUGUUUGCUAAUGUGCGUGGGAGUAGCAUUCUCCGCUACUCUUCCCGGUAGUGAAAUAAUAAGAGAUGAACCCAACACGGCAGUAGAAGUAGAACAGAAAGAAAGCUUGGAGCCACAGGAGUCCCAUUGGAGAGGAGGAUGGGGCGGAUGGGGCGGUCACCAUAGACACGGCUACGGAGGAUACGGCGGUUACGGCGGAUAUGGAGGUUUCGGUGGAUGGGGUGGUGGUUUCGGUGGGGGAUACGGCGGAUACGGUGGAUACGGUGGUUACGGCGGUUGGGGUGGACGCGGUUUCGGAGGGGGAUGGGGUGGAUACGGCUGGGGACGCUAAUUACCAACCGUCUCGUCUACCUGUGAACUUCGUGUGAAGUGUACAGUUUUUAUGCAACGACUCAACAGCGUCGGUAUUAAUAUCUGUGAUGUGAAUGAACUUUUAAUUGAAAAUAGUUACUUGCCUACUUAAUUAAAUAAUUAAAACAAAAGUUGUACUUUCAUUUCUUUUC